CAGCUGUUUUGUACGUUCUACAUACUGAUCUGAGGAUCAGCUGGACGCAGCAAUAAACAGGAGGCCAAACGAUCGGAGAGGCUCUAAAUGAUCUGAAUGAUCUGAAACAUCGGUGUAAUAUUUUUACACCAAAGCCCUUCUUCUGAGAAGAAAGCCUUUUAUUUUUGAUACGAUGGUGUUUUAACUACCUCUCUUAAAGGCUAUUUAAAGCUAUGCUUUAAGAAUUGUCGUUCCUACUGUGUGUGAUCUCGUUUACAACUUGAAUAUUGCAAAGGCAGGCCUUUGCUUCAAACCAAGUGAAACCUUACAUUUGCACGACUGAAGCCCACCCUCCCCUUGUCCAAACCAAGAUAACCGCAAAGGGCUCAGAUUGAAAGCAAACAAUAAUAACAUACAGCUACAAGUCCUACCUUAAAAACUAAUACCAUUCAAAGGCAGCUACAGCUUCUUUCCCUUUUUUUUGUUAAUCAAUUUAAAAAAAUUUAAGGCCAAGCCGUCAUGUUUCAACGUCUGAGCAACUUGCUGUUUGGGCAAGUAGAAGAAGUGGCAUCUGAGCUGAAGGGACCUAAUCCCUGCGUGACAGAGGCCGACGAAGAAGGAUGGAUGCUUGUCAACCUGUCUGAUGAAUCUGGCUGCAUGAUGCAGGCUGACGAUGAGACACAGGCCCAACUUCUAAUUGCACAUCCAUUUCCAGACAGUAACCAAUCAAACCUUGAAGACACUCAUACACGGACCCAAUGCCAAACUUCUAUUCCCCGCCCACCAAACAAGCGACGGAGGACACGUAGCGGCCGCACGCAAGGGGCAGUAUUAUUGCCGGACCCCGUGGCUAGUCCAAACCCAUCAAACACGGGUGUCACUACAUUGUCGAGACGGGCCAGACUGUCCGCAGCCUCCUCCACCCAGUCGACCUCCCCUGCUGGGAGCGAGUGUGGGGGCAGCGGGGAUAGCAGUAGGGCAGGCUCAGAGAGAGGCUGCAUGGAUGAGAGCUGGUUUGUCACCCCUCCCCCCUGUUUCACUGCAGAAGGAGCCACGGCAGAGGCCAGCCCGAUGGAGGAUCUGCUCAUUGAGCACCCCAGCAUGUCUGUGUAUGUCUCGCCAAGCAACCUGUCCAUGGUCUCCAACAGCAACCUCUCCGUGGUGGGCGAGGAAAGCAUUGUGAGCAUGACGAGCAGCGUGAGAGUGGCUGAGCCAGCUGCUGCUCCGGCCACUCACACCCCUGGGCCAUUCAGGGUGAGUUUUGGACCUCAUGUCCAGCCUAAGGUUGCCCAAGUGGCCAGAGUCCAGCGUAGCAAAGCUCGCAUCGAGAGGCGCCAACUGAGCCGCAACCGCAUCCAACGCCAAAAUCGCACCAGGGAGCAGAUUCCUCGCCACGCAAGUCACGCUCGAAACACCUUCCUGCACCAGCCAAGCAAGCGUAACUUCUGCCACUAGACCCCAAGAAAAUGGGGGGCAUUGUUUACUCUUGAGGGCAUUACAAGAGCAUAGUCAGCUUAACACGCAUUCAGUGCAUUUAAGCAUCUGGGUUAUUUUCGGCACAUUCUGUUUCAUUGAAUUUUUAGUAAAGACAAAUUGGAUUUUCCCUAUUCUGCUAUUAAGCCCUCAGAGUAAAUCUGAAUAGAACUUAACUAUACUUUUCUGCGGUGCCCAAACAACAACAAAAACAAAACAAAAAAAUUGCUAUUCAUUUUCUCUUCUUUAGUAAAAUAUCUUGGACUCUUUCCCAAGGUGUGUUUGGUUGAACCAUAACCAAAUGACAACCCUGACAUCAAUUACAAUACAUUGGUGAACUUCAUGACAGUCAUUUUACAUUAAUAAGCGAUCUUCUCUGACUGAACAGAAAAGAAAAUUGUGGGAACUUUGUGGAGCUGCGACAUGGCUUAACUUUAUUUACAGAGAAAGCAGCUCAUCAUUUCCUCACAGCUUUAUGUUACGUUAAUACGUCCACAUGAAACUAAAAAAAUGGGAUGGAAAUACCGUGUGUGUUGACGAUGAUGAUCAUGAUGAUGAAAAGCACAGUAACCAAUUGCAUUUAUUUGCAUCGGGGCAAACAAUUUUAUCAUAGGAACUCAACAUUGUGUGAUUCCUCACAUUUCACUUUAAGGAUGAGAGCAAGUAGAUGAUGGUGUGAGGAUGAGAGCAAAACAGACUAAAGAGUAAAUGAAACGAUCUUCGUAGCAAUGACUGUGAUUAAGAAGAAUAGCGUGACGGAAACUGUUAAGUGACCCACAAAUGCAGGCUGUGUUUUCUAACAUCAGUCAUUAAAAAGCAUUCAACAUUUCAUCUUAUAUGUACGAUAAUGGUAAGUUAUGUUUUGUAAUAUGAAAACAUGUAGAGGUUCAUGAAUGCAAGCGAAAUAAUUAGAAACAGGCCUUGUGUUUGGGUCACAUGAUAGGAUAGGAUAAAGUAAGUGUAUCGAGCGGUAUUGAUGGUAUAGCUCUUUAUUUUGUUUUGUUGAUUUUAUAGUCUCUGCACAGUUCCACCAAUAUCAAAUCUGUUCAUAAAGAGAAGGUCAAUCCAUUCAAAGUUGCUGGUUGCAAAUUGCACACCGCAUGAUAAUGAGCAUUAAAUUGUGCGAUCUGCCAGCGGAAGCAAUGUGCCCAGCGCACACCAGCCAGAGUGUGUGCUGUGAUUCUCCCCAUUUACGAAACAAAAAAAAAAAAAAAAAGGAAGAAUGAUGGUUUUAUACAUCAGCCCUUUUCUUUAAAAAAAAAAAAAAACAAAAAACAACAACAACUCUGAAGCAGUUGGAACUUCUAGUUGAGUUUUCUUAAAACUCAACUAGAAGUUCCAUCACAUCUUUUGAACAUCAACAUCCGCUGUUUGUUCCUGUAUGCACACCAAACUCUUAACAUUGUCCAAUUAGAGGUUCAGCUUCAUGAUAUGUAUUAAACAACAAUAGUAAACAAUGGUGCUGAAGUGUAAACUAAUGUUUGUAUAUUAUUGGAGACAUGGAUGUACGUUUGCACUGUCUUACAUUUUUGUGAGUCGAAAGUUUUAGCAGUGUGCUGUGGGCUUGUGUGUUUUAUUUUGUGACCCUUUCCCUUAUUUUUUGCUCCAAAACAUUCAUUAUGAUACUCCUGUAUUAUUCCUGUAAAUAUUCUCAAAACAAACUUAUAGUACUCUGUUAGAUGUCAAACCCUCUCAAGACCCGAGUCCACACUUAUGAGUUCAGCGGGACUGCGGUGAAUCCUCUCUCUGCCUCGUUUCGGUGCUCCUUCUCAAUUUGCCAAGAUGGCAUUUUGCCCCAUUUUGAGUCACAUCUUAGUGAGGAGCACAAUGAAAAAUCACACCAGGCUCAAGAGUCGAUGUGGCAUAGGCUUACACUGCCUCCCAGGGCGUCCGUCCACUCGGACUCUCGUGAGGACAUUGACAUGGUUGUAAUACAGUCUAUACUGCUGUGUUGAAAAGAAAUUGUGGCGAACUGGUGAUGCUUUCACAAUGGAAUGAUGAAUGAGAGUGUUUUUAAACCAUCCAUCCAUGUAAUUGAUUUUUCUUUCUUUUGAUUUACAAACCAAAAUUGUUUUGCUUCUCUAAGUAAUCAUGAAAGUCAAUGUUUUAUUAAAAUAUCUAUUAAUUUAUGAUGUUAUCCCCCCCCCCCCCCCUCUGUUUUCUAUAUUUGUGUUGUGCAGGGUAGACAUGAAAUGACGCGCACAACUGAAUUGUUGAUUGUGGGUGGGUGUAUGUGUAUGCAUGCAAAAUGCAAAGAUCAAGCUGCAAAACUGUCCUGUUUAUUUAGAUUUUUCUCCUCACCUGUGUCAUAUAAGAAGGAAAUGUACUACUCUCAGUGUGUUGUGUGCAGCAUUGGAAAGUGUGCGUUCAGAGUAAAAGAUUUACAACUGUGUGGUGACAUAGUGGUCGUACUAUGUGUUGAACACUUAAGAUGAAAGCAAGUGGACAGGUGAAUGAUGAGGCAGGAGACAGUUUAUAUUGAAAGAAAUCAAAUGAUGUAUCUUAUCAUAACACAAUAUGCUUGUAUUUUCCUGGUCUAGUAAUUAGCGCUGGGUUGUUUAAAUGAAAAACAUUGAAUGUCUGGGGAGCUUCUGAUGUUUAUGUUGUGCCCUGAAAUGAUGGCAGCUUACCAACACAUGGGGUUUGGCUCAUGUUACAUCUCAAGUUGUACUCACCUCCCCAUGAAAUGAAAUAUUUAGACACAUAAAAUGUGGUGUAUCUGAUAUCUGUGGUGAUUGUGCCUUUCACUUUUCCUGCAUGGUUUUUGUGAUUUGUUUUCCAUCCCGAAUGUGGACAGUUGUCCACAGACAGGCGAAACCUAUGCAAAACGAACUGAUGGGUAUUCCAGCAUCCAAUCAGAAAACACAGGUACCCACCCACCAACCCACUCUCAAAACAAGACAAUAAAUGCUCAGGUUAA